AUGGCCGAAGCAGCUAGAAAAGUUGAGGGAGUCUCAAAGACUAGGGGAUCUGCUCAAGUCCGAGAAACCAGCAAGACCAAAACCACGCAGCAGGCCGAAUUCCAUCCUUUCAGCCGACUACCCGCCGAGCUCCGCGCCAAAAUAUGGGCUAUCGCACUAGAGGAUCAGAAAGAGCAAGUACCAGAUCAUUGGUCUUUUGGUUUCGGUUACGGCAACACGGUAACCAUUCAUGAGCACGAAGAAAUGGAUGGGGAGAAACAGUCAAGUAUCAUGUCAACACGCGGCUACCCCACUCUCUUCGCUGUCAACCGCGAAGCUCGCUAUGAGGCUGGCAAAGUUGACGGAGGUGCAUGGUAUGAAUGGGGUACUGACGCUCGAGAGGUCUACGUGAAUCUAGACAAGGAGAGAGUAUACCUUGCGACAUGCUGCAACAGCAUAGGAUGGUCUACAGAAACUCACCUUCGUUCCAAAGCACACGGGACCACAGAUUGCAUCCACCCCUGGAACUCGCAACUCGAGAAAGACAUGAUUAUGAUUAGGGAUCUCAUUGGCUGA